AUGACGGACCCAGACCUCAACAAUAAGCUCGAUAGACUACUCACUCUAUUGGAAGCUCAGCUAGAGCUUACUAGGCAGGGUCAUCGAGAGGAACGACUACAACGAGCUCAGCUGGGUAGGGAGGAGACAAUGGACCUCUCUCACUCGGAAGACCAAGCAGGAGGAGGAGAUGAGUCUAUGAUAGGAGACCCACAUACUCCUACUCCGGCUCCACGACCAAGACGAUCAGUCUCAUUCAACCUGGAUGAGCAGGAGGACAUCAACUACGAGAAGUACGCUUCACCUACUGGGCCAAGAUAUGUCAAGACUAAGCUGGACCCCUACAGCAGGACUAGGACGGAUCCUUACCCCCUGGACCACGAGGAGGAUACCAGCAUCAUGGCAGAGCUUAACCGGUCAAAGCCCAUUGCCACCCCCUUUCCAAAGUUCAAUCCCCGAGACAUGGAGAUCUUCAUUCUAGAAGCCGAAGCAUGGUUUAAGUUCAACCAGGUGUAUGAGCAGUCUAGGAUGAUCAAUCACAUGGGUGCUCAACUGGAAGGGACAGCAAGAGAGUGGUGGACCUUUAUGCUCCGCAUUGAUAGAGCUAGAGAAGGAAGGUUGUUCAAUGAUUGGCACUACUUCACAGAGCGACUGUCAGAGCAGUUCAACCCACGCAAUGCUAGGAUGGAGGCAUACAACAAGCUGUUGGCUCUCAGACUCACAAGUGAUGCUCCUGGUGCCGCCACACGUCAUGUAGAGCGGUUCAGAGACUUGGAGGGACAGGUCAACCUAGAUGAUAACGAGCUAGUGAUUGAUCUCUUCAGAGGAAGUCUCACUCGCAGCAUACAGGAGAAGUUUGAGAGGAAUCCACCUGGGAAGAGAUGGGAGUGGUAUCGAGAGGUUGAGGAGAUCGAUCGACAGAGGAUGCUACUACAGCAGUCCUCGGCUAGACACUCACUCCCAAAUGCCACGUCACCUCCACUAAGAACUGGGUCUCGGCCAAAUCAAAGUUCGAUCCCCAUCCGACAACCCACUCAACCUUAUCCAGCUCGAUCACCAUCACAAGCAACUACACAAGCAACUAUACAAAACCUAAACCGACCCCUUCCUCAUCAUCCCACCCAACCCUCGAAGCAAGGAAGCCCUGCUCCAUCAGGUAUCAACACCUGUCAUGUAUGCAAGGGUAUCGGCCAUUGGGCCAGAGACUGCCCCAGCAGGAGGGUAAACCCUCUUAGCUCUCGACCCAUGGGACCAAAGGUUAUGGUCACCACAGCAGACCCCUUCGAGGAGGCCACCGACUCAGGAGAUGGCCACACAGGCAGCACUGAGACAGGUGACCCCGAGGCCAUGGACCUCAGCUCAUACCAGCAACCCAUGGACCCCGAUCACGAGGAGGAGCACGAUGAUGAUGACGACGAGGGAAACGUUGUCAAUGGAGGCAAAGCAGUACUGGAGCUCUCUGGAAUGGUUCAAGACCAUCCUGCUCGGAUACUAGCUGAUACUGGUGCUGGUUUGUCCAUAGUCUCAGAUUCUUUCAUUAGUAAGUACCAAAUACCCACAAAACCCAUAAAAACAAGAUCGAUCCAUGGUGUCACCGGGCACCAACUCUCCAUCAAUAGUUCUGCGAGCAUGCAGGUAUCUAUUGGUACACACAAUCUGGGUGUGGUCGAAGCUUCAGUGGCCGACACUGCAGACUAUGACCUCAUCCUGGGGUUCACUGAGCUAUGGCGGCUCAAACCCACCAUACAAUGGGAUAUGGGCCAGCUGGAGUUCAAGACUCAGGAGCAGGACCGACCCCCAAGGAGACCCCCUGAGGCAGCAAGAGCAGGGGACCUAACCAUGAGGAGACCAACCCUUCAUGCUCUGGAAGAUGGACCCAUAGGGUUCAUGUUGUUGGAGGAGCCACCAUCAUCACUCCUGGCUCUUGGUUUUGUACCUACAGGCGCAGACAAAGGAGUCGAGAUGGAGGUGGAGGUAGACAAGGUGGUGACGGCUGCAGACAUACCAAAGCCAUACCAACACCUGCGAGAUGUGUUUGAUGAGGUGGAAGCAGACAAGCUGCCCCAUCAUACUGAGCAUGAUCUCCACCUCGAGUUGAUAGAAGGAGGUAAGCCACCUCAAGGGCCCCUAUACCUUAAGGGACCCAAGGAGAUGUCCGAGUUGAGGAGAUAUUUGGAUGAGAACCUCGAGAAGGGGUUCAUAAGACCAUCGAAGAGCCCGGCACGAUCACCAGUGCUCUUCGUACCAAAGAAGGAUGGAGGUCUCAGACUCUGUGUGGACUACAGAGGUCUCAACGAGAUCACUGUCAAGAACAGGGCACCAUUGCCCCUCAUUGAGGAGCAGCUGUUCUUACUCAGGAAGGCAAGGAUCUAUACCAAGCUAGACCUUAGAGCAGCAUACAACCUCAUCCGGAUUGCCAAAGGAGAUGAAUGGAAGACAGCUUUUGGCACUCAGUUGGGACUCUAUGAGUACUUAGUGAUGCCCUUUGGCCUAGCCAAUGCUCCAGCUCACUUCCAGUCGUUCAUCAAUGACAUCUUCCAAGACAUCAUUGGAGUAUAUGUAGUGGUAUACUUAGAUGACUUCCUGAUCUUCAGUGACACUGAGGAGGUACAUGUGAAGCAUGUCACCGAGGUCCUCACUCACUUAAGGAGCAACAGGCUCUUUGCUAAGCUGUCGAAGUCCCACUUUGCUCGCAUAGCCAAGCCCUUGACAGCACUGGUAAAGCCUAUAGAACGGUUCAAGAAGUUCGAGCUACCAGAGGAGGCCCAACAGGCCUUCCACAAGCUCAUCCAGGCCUUCACAUCAGCAGGAGUGCUUCAGCACUUCGACUACCACCUUCCAACAAGGUUGGAGACUGAUGCAAGUGACUUUGCUAUAGCAGGAGUACUCAAGCAGGAGCAUGAAGGACGAUGGCAUCCAGUGGCUUUCUACUCUAGGAAGAUGUCUUCUGCUGAGAAGAACUAUGAAAUCCAUGACAAGGAGCUCCUAGCUGUGGUCGCCUGCCUUACUCAGUGGCGACACAUGCUAGCUGGACUACCGAGUCAACUGGUCAUCCUCACUGACCAUGAAGCCCUCAAGUACUUCAAGUCACAGAGACGCAUCACAGGUCGACAGGCUCGAUGGGCCAUACUACUAGCAGACUUCGACUUCAUAUUGCAGUAUCGACCAGGAGACAAAGGUGGUGAACCUGAUGCUCUCACCAGAAGGACUGACAUGCAACCAGCUGGUGAAGAGCAGGAUCACAAUGUGAGGCAACUACUGCCUCCUCGAGUGUUCAAGGAGACAGCAGACCAUGACUCGACCCUAGUGGCCCCUAUGCUCUCGAUGGAGUCCAUAGCAUCAAAAGGUCUCAAAGACCUGGUCAAGAUCUUCCAGCCCUUAGACCAAGAGCUACAGGAGAUACAUAGGAAGAAGCCCUUCGAACUCAAGGACGACCUAUGGUACAGUGGAGGAAGGUACAAAGCUCCUCGUCAUCGUCCAUAUGGUUUGCUACAGCCACUAGCAACACCAGACAGGCCCUGGGGCUCCAUAUCCCUCGACUUCAUCGAAGGACUACCACCAUCGAAGAAGUAUGACUCCAAGACCUAUGACUCUAUCUUAGUCAUUGUCGACAGGCUAACCAAGUUUGCCAUACUAGCUCCAACCCAUAAGACAGUCACGGCCAAACAGACUGCAGUAUUGCUAUAUGGACACAUGGUUAGACUCUUUGGAUAUCCAGAUCACAUGGUAUCAGACCGAGGCAGGCAGUUCAUAUCAGGAGCAUGGAAGGCAUUUGCAGAGCAAAUGGGUGUGAAGCACUCACUUAGCACAGCUUACCAUCCUCAAACUGAUGGUCAGACAGAGAGGGUCAAUCAGGUCAUAGAGCAAUACCUCAGGAUGUACUGCAACUAUGAGCAGGAUGACUGGGUCAACCUGCUGGACACUGCAGCCUUUGUGUACAACAACACGGUCCACAACAGCAUUGGUGUCUCACCAUUCUUUGCAUGCUAUGGAUGGAACCCCAAAGCUCAUCCUGACAUCCCUCAACGACUAGGAGUCAAUGAUCCAGGUCACUUCGAGUACCUCAUGGAUGGAAAGGAGCGUUGCAAGUACCUCCAGGAGCAGAUCAGAGAGGCACAACGUAGAUCAGUGGACCAGUAUAACAGGAAGCACAAGGACAUCGAGUUUAAGGUGGGUGAUAUGGUCUAUAUCAACCAUCGAAACUGGAAGACACGGAGACCCACACCCAAGUUAGAUACCCGGUUUGCAGGACCCUACCCAGUUCAGGAAUGGGUAGGACACCGAGCUUAUCGAAUCACAUUGCCAGCAAACCUUAGGGUGCAUGACAUGUUCCAUGUCGCCAUGCUCGAGCCAGCAAGAACAAGUUCUCUUCCUCAACGUGCUGAACAGCCCACCAUACCAUCACUUCCAGAUGAGGACCUCGACUUCAAAGUCGAAGCACUCAUUGACAAGCAUUCACACAAUGGUACUACAGAGUACAAGGUGUUGUGGAGAGGGUACUCAGAAGAAGCUGCUUCAUGGGAACCAGUAGAGAACCUCAACUGUCCCGACCUCAUCCAGGAGUAUGAGGUGUCGGAGGGGGGACGAUGUCAUGGGCCUGGAUGCUCAAGAAGCAGGAGGGUCACGGGUUCAACAGGUAUUGAAGAUCUAGUCGAGAUCAGUAGAGAGCAUGGUCGUAGUGCAGUCUCCAUGGAGACCAUGGACUCCUACGGACCCACAUGCAAAGGAGGGCCAAGCACAGCCAUGAGGAGGACCAAGCUCAAGGAGCAGGCACAGCCACGAAGAGGACCAAGCUCAAGGAGCAUGCAGAUGGUUACCACUCAGGGGCUCGAGAGACAAGAGCCAAAGGAACUGUCACUGAUCAGGAGGAGGAGGAGCAGUGUCAAAGGAGUCAACACCAGGUCAUGA